UUUGGGGUUACGGGUUCCUGGCGGUCACCGUGAUCAACCUGGCCGCUCUGCUCGGCCUCUUCCUCAUCCCCUUCACCAAGAAGCCUUAUUUCCCCAAAGUGCUGACCUACUUCAUCGGCCUCGCCAUCGGGACGCUCUUCUCCAACGCCGUGCUUCAGCUCAUCCCGGAGGCUCUGGGUUUUGAUCCCAAAGCAGAUAACUACGUGGCCAAUGCAGUUGGAAUAUUCGGAGGUUUUUACCUCCUUUUUUUCGUGGAGAAGAUUCUGAAAAUGACUCUGCGGGUCGAUCAUGAGCACGGCCACAGCCACUUCACUCCUGCAGAGCCGCCUCAAGAAAACUCCGUCCGCAACGGAGACAUAGCGGAGAAAAAGGACUCGAUCGUCCUGACCGCCGUCAACAUCAUCGCCACCGACAGAAGCAGCCCGAACCCGGAGCCUCCGCAAACGGACGUGACGCCGUCUCAGGUACCAGAAAUCUCACCCUGCCAAAUUAAACAGCACAGACCGGAGAUUUAUUCUUUUAUUUUGAAGUUCGCCU